AUGCAAAAUGUACAAACACAACAAAUACAAGACAAUGAGAAAGCUAGACAUCUUGAAUAUAACUCUUGCGACGAGUAUGAAGAAAUGAAGUUCGACGCGUACGAUUACGGCGGUGGCAGUGGAGAUGUCAGUGAAGAAGAAGCCGCAGCUGAGCGUCGCAGGCCAAAGUCCGUCAUUGAAAUGCCCACACUGGCACCCCUUUUGCUUGAAGCUUAA